AACGGGUCGUGUGGAGAUGCUGUCAAAUAUCACCUGCAAAGUCUUCUACAAACCUUCGUUGAACAAAAGUGACGUCAACAUCUCGGGCGUACUGACUUACGAACAUUUGCAGGUUCUGGAAGUUAAACGGGAUGUGUUAAAGAAAGGUCACGGACGAUUCCUGCCAACCCUGAACACCAGUCAGAAAAUUGAGAUUUUGUACUUAUAUAAAGUAGCUGCUGCGGCCCUGGACUCUGUUGGUGUGAAACAUUUCUUGGUGUCUGGGACUUUGUUAGGCUUGAGCAGACACAAGGGUUUCGUCCCCUGGGACGAUGACGUGGACAUAUCAGUCAGUCUCGACUCCUGGAAACGGGUCGAGGAGACAUUGUCUUGUAUACAAGGCUUCACGUUAUACAAAUAUGGUACCUUUCAUUGGAAGUUUCACUACAGUAAUUUGACAUUUCCGUUUGUAGAUAUUUUCUUCUACAGAAUGGACGAAUCCUACGUGUGGGCCGCUACACUUUAUAUCAGAACAACAUUUAUUUACCCCACGAGAAUGGUAUUUCCUUUGGGCGAGUCCAUUUUUGAGGGCAUGAUGGUUCCCGUGCCCAGAUUCGGUCUCGAUAUAUCGAGAAGAAUAUACGAGUAUGACGUAUGUUUAGUUCAUCAAGGACACAUACAACGUAACAUAACCUUAUUAGACGGUUAUCCUGAGGGGUACUCUCUAACGAGGUCACCAUGCAAGGACUUAGCAUACAUGUACACGUUUCUUAACAUUAACUUACCAAGUGAUUGUCUUUAAUUCAUAUUUAUUCGUCCAUUCUUUUA